UGUAUACAUAAAUUGAAUGUCAAUUCACGACUUCCCUCACAAGAUGAUUUUUCUCCAAACAAGCGAGCAACGAUGGAAUUCGAUUAUGUUGUCAAAAACGUUGGGGAGUUCGGGAGGAUUCAGUUAAUAAUGACAAUAUUUUUUGGACUCACUACAGCAUCGGUAGCCCUACAAAUGAUCGUGACAGUAUUCAUGCAACAAACACCAGAACACAGGUGUGCCAUUCCAGGCCUGGUAAAUGACACCUUCGAAAUCCAGAGUCCCUGGCACCAAUGUCUUAUCAACCAAACCAUUCCUGUAGACGAGAAUGGGGAGUAUGAGGGAUGUCUGUGGCGUAGUGGAAAUUACUCCAAAAAUGAAAGUGUGUGGCCGUGCAAAGACUGGGUUUAUGAUACAUCUGUAUUCCCGAGAACGUUUCCUACGGAAUUUGAUCUACUUUGUGACAGUUCCUUGCUUAUUAACAUGGCGAACGUGGUCUAUCUGGUAGGAGUGGCUGUGGGGGCAGCUGGCGGGGGCCUGGUAGCAGACUACACUGGUCGUAAGUUGGUUUCAUUUAUCGCCUGCUUUAUCCACGGGAUAGCAGGGAUAGGGGCUGCAUUUUCACCUAACUACGGGGCUUAUGUCGCAUUCCGGUGCUUUGUUGGCAUCUGCCACGGCGUCUUGAACAAUACUGUCAUUGUCCUUUGUAUGGAGUUUGUGUCGCCAAGAAAACGUAUAAUAUCCCUAUGCACGGCAGCUUUUUCAUGGGGGACAGGUAUUCUCCUGGGAACUCUGGAAGCUUAUCUUAUACGGGACUGGAGAUAUUUGCAGUUAGCUGUUGCCUUGCCAUCAGUUCUUUACCUACUAUUCUGGUGGCUAACAGUUGGUGUGUCAUGGUACGGCCUCACGUUGAAUCAAGGUUCCUUAGACGGUGACAUCUUUAUCAAUGCUUUCGUUUUGGCUCUUAUCGAUUUUAUAUCCGCCUUCGCAUUGCUGAUCAUCAAUAGAAUUGGAAGGAAAACGACGUACUGUGUAGCCAUGAUGCUAUCUGCAUUGGCUAUGUUGUCGACUAUACUGAUGCAUUUCUUUGCAAACAAAGAGAGUUCAGCUACCAGUGCCACCUUUACAGCUUUGUACACAAUUGGAAAACUUGGCGUUAGUUGUUGCUACACCCUUCUUUUCAUGUGGAAUGGAGAGUUCUAUCCAACAGCCUUGCGAAACUUCGGGCUUGGUAUAGGAUAUGCAUUUGGUAGUCUAGGGGCUGUGGUUUCCCCGAUUGUGAUGGACCAGCUUAUGGAACACCCUUACCUCGGUAACACUAUGCCAAUGAUGCUGUUUGGCUCUAUGACAUUGGUUUCUUCAUUGAGCGGUCUGUAUCUUCCCGAAACAGCCCAUAAACACCUACCGGAGACUUUGGAGGAUGCCGAGAACUUUGGAGUAUAA